CUUAUCUUUCGCCUUGCUGCACUUUCAUCCGUACUCAAUCUCCAGCUCGAGAUGUCUUCAAUCACGCAUGUCUUUACUAGCCCAACCCCCGCAGCCUAUCGUGACUGGCUGGCUCUACUCUUUGCCAUUUUCCUUGGCUACCUCAUAGCGCGUGCCGUUUACGAUGUAUUUUUCCACCCCUUAGCAAAUUAUCCCGGUCCGUUCGUCGCCAAAAUAUCGAAGAUGCCGUCCUUUUACCACGCUGUAAAAGGCGAUCGCCACAUCUGGAUUUGGCAGAACCAUCAGAUCUACGGGGAAAAGGUCCGUAUCUCACCCAACACGGUCCUCUUCCUGGCCCCGAAAGCGCAUCAAGACGUCUAUGGCUCCAAGGCCAACGUGAAGCGAGCCAAAUCGUAUGAAGCCUGGGCCAAAAAUGUGAAUGAAUCCAAUACUGCCUUGACCACCGAUCCAGCGUCCCAUGCUCGGAAGAGAAAGGUCUUGAACCAGGCCUUCACGGAGAAGUCGGUCAAGCAUGCGGCUACUUUCAUGACCAAGCAUGCCGAGAGGUGGAUUGAUCUACUCGUGGCUGACAAUGACGUCUCUGCCGAGCAUGGCUGGACCAAAACACGCAACAUGUCGGAAUGGAACGACUGGGUCGUCUUCGACAUCCUGGGCGAUCUGUGUUUUGGCCGUUCAUUCGAGACCAAAGAGCCAGGGCCAAAUCCCAUUAGGGAGAUUCCUCGUCACAUCAUCCGUCAUGUCCGAUUAUUCUACCCUAUUCUCCAAUCUCCCUUUAUGGAAUUCUUCGUUUGGGCCAAGCCGAAAGGCCUGGACUAUCUUCUCGACUUGGUCACACCUGAGGAAGUGAAGAACUACUAUAAAUUCGUCGAUGACAGCGUAUCCGAAAGGAUAAAAAUGGAACAAAACAGCAAGGACACGGAGAAGUCCAGACUGGAUAUAUUCCAUUUCCUGUGCGCUGCAAAAGACCCUGUGACCGGCGAGCGCUACUCGGAGGAUGCACUGCGAGCCGAAGCCAUCAUGCUCAUCGUUGCGGGAUCUGACAGCGUGUCCACUAUUCUUGCCGGAUUCUGGUUUUAUAUAUCGCGCAACGAAUCGGCAUAUACUAGGCUGACGACCGAGAUCCGCAGCACAUUCAAAUCCUCCGAUGAGAUUGUGAGCGGCCCAAAACUGGCUUCCUGUGUAUACCUACACGCCUGCAUUGACGAAUCGUUACGCAUUGCGCCAGCUGGACCCAGCGAAUUCGCCCGUGAGGUCCUUCCCGGCGGGACAACCAUCAACGGGGAAUAUUUCCCACAAGGGGUAGUGGUGGGCUGCUCAAAUUGGGCAAUGGGCCGUAAUGAGCAGAUAUUUGGCGAUCCGAACCGCUUCCGCCCUGAACGGUACAUACCUUCCGAAGCCACAGGAGUUACCGUGGAAGAAGUUAAUCGAAUCAAGUCGUACUAUCAACCUUUCUUGAUAGGCCCCACGAAUUGCGUUGGGAAGAACAUUGCCAUGACAGAGCUUGCUCUUAUCAUCGCGAGGACUUUGUUUCGUCUUGACUCGCGAGCUUCUCCCGGCGAGGAUCUUGGAGCCAGCCACCCAAGUCUAGGAUGGGGGAGAAGGGAUGAAAAUCAGUAUCAAAUCAUAGAUGCGUAUAUCACUGUGCAUGAUGGACCAAUGUUGCAGUUCAAGAAACGGACAGCAUAAUGGUAAGGGAAAGGUUUACGAGUAGUUCUUGGAUAUCCAACAUUGUAUGGUCGUUGCAAAGGAUGUGGGCCAUGAAAGAAUUAUUCUACUGCACCACGAACUCGAAGAUUUGGAAGAGGGCAGUUUUAACCUAGCUAUUUGACCCGGCUAGAAAGUCGUAAACGGCAAAGUCUGCAAAGUUGGCACUUCAAUGAAUAGUUAUGCC